AUGGGUAGGGGUGACAAGGGAGAGUGGGUCUCUAACAUUCGGGUGGUUAAUGAAGUUUCUUUCAUCAUGUUGCAAGAAUCCCAAUUGGCGUCAUUAAAUGGUUUGGAUAUGGGGAGGUUUUGGGGUAGAGGAUUGUUUGAUUUUGAGCAUGUUGAUGCCACGGGGAGGUUUGGGGGUCUCGUUUCUAUUUGGGACCAAAAUUUUUUCCAGAAAACUUCAGUCCAUAAGCAUAGAUACUUCUUAGCGGUUCAUGGCAUCAUUAAAGGUAGCGGCUUGAAUGUUUGUUUGGUGAAUGUUUGUGCGCCUCAAAAAAUCAAUGAUAAAAGAGCUCUUUGGCGGGAAUUGAAGCGGUUCAUGCAACAUAACUCGACUUAUUGGAUCGUGGGCGGCAAUUUUAACAGUGUUCGUGAUAGGAGUGAAAGGAGAAAUACUAAGUUUAAUAUUGCCUUUUCUAAUGAAUUUAAUGAUUUUAUAGACAAGGUAGAGCUGCACGAGUAUGGGUUAAAAGGGCGCAAGUUCACGUUUGUUUCGGGUAAUAAAUGUAGCAGGAUUGAUAGGAUUUUCGUAUCCUUGAAUUUUCUGAACGACUGGCCGGCGGCAGAGUAUAGAGCUUUAGCGAGGGAAAAAUCGGAUCAUAGUCCGUUGGUGCUCAAAGUUGCAUACCGGAACUUCGAGCCUAAACCUUUCCGGUUUUUUAACUCGUGGAUAGAUCGUGUUGGGUUUGAUGAUAUGAUUAAAAGGGCGGCUUCGAAUUUUCAAGGGUCUGGUGCGCCGGAUGUUUGUUUAAUGAAGAAGUUUAAGUUCCUUCGCAACUCUAUUUUGGAUUGGAAAAAAACCAUUUUACAAAUGGAGGAACAGGAACAACAUACUAUCAUGUUAGAGUUGGAAGAAUUGGAUAAGGAAGUGGAAUGCCGCGAUCUUUUAGAUGAAGAGCAGUGGACGUUUUGGGAAGGCAAAAAACGGGUUAAGGAAUUGGAGGAAUUCAAAAGUAAAGAUUUGAGACAAAAGGCUCGUGUUAAAUGGGCUAGAGAAGGCGACGAGAAUUCUAGCUUUUUCCAUGGGGUGGCGAACAAAAGAAGGGUCUCAAACUUCAUACCGGGAUUAUCUGUUAACGGGGUUUGGAUCUCUAAACCCUCCUUUGUUAAACGUGAAGUGUUUUCUUUUUUUAGGAACAAAUUCAUUGAAGAAAUGGAGGAGCGCCCGUACUUAGAAUGUUUCGAUUUGAAGAUGUUAUCGGAUGCUGAAGCCGAGUCUCUUGUGAUUCCAUUUUCUGACAAGGAAAUUAAGGAAGCGCUAUUUGAUUGUGGGAGUGAUAAAGCUCCGGGUCCGGAUGGUUUUAACUUUCGUUUUAUCAAAAAGUAUUGGGCUUUAUUCGAAGAAGAUUUUAAGAAGAUUUUCCUACAGUUUCAAGAUACGGGUAGAAUCAAUCGAGGGAUGGAUGGGGUCUUCUUUCAUUACUCUAGUGCCUAA